ACAUGUUGGAUGUCAGCCAAAUCAUGCGAGAUCUGGCCAGUAUGGUGCACGAGCAGGGAGAUGCCAUAGAUAGCAUUGAGGACCACAUUCAGACCACCACAUCCAACGUGGAGUCAGCCAAUCAGGAGCUAGCAAAGGCCAGCCAUCACCAGAGGCAGAUUAGGAAGAGGAAGUGUUACAUGCUGGUGGCGGGAGGCUUCAUCCUCACCCUCCUCAUCAUCAUCAUCGCUGUGUCAGCAAGAAAAUGAAACCAGAACCCCAGAGGUAGCUGCAGUCAUAGUGCUGUGACCUCUCUGCUUCUGCCCCACCGUACCACCUGACCCCUGACCUGUACCAGCUGUCUCAGAACAGGAGGGGCCUGCCCUACAUCAACACCUCUACUUCGUCAUGGCUGUCCCUCCUUGGUUAUGUAGUUAGAUAUUUGGUGUGCGCAGGUAUAUGAGUGUGUGUGUGUGUGGGGGGGUGUAGGGCAGGGGGCGGGGG